GGGUCCGCGCGGAGCCUCCCGGGCGGUGGGGGCGGGGGGGAGACUCCGCGCCCCGCGGACACCAUGUUCCGCUACCAGUCCCUUGAGGAUUGUCCUCUGGAUGAGGAUGAAGAAGCCUUUCAUACCUUGACUGAGGAAGAUGAAGAUAUUGACCAGUUCAAUGAUGACACGUUUGGAGCUGGUGCAGUUGAUGAUGAUUGGCAAGAGGCACAUGAACGACUGGCAGAGUUGGAAGAGAAGCCCACAGCCUCAGGAAAGCAAGGGGAUCAGGAAAUCACUGAUGAGAUGGAUCUGUUGGGAGACCAUGAAGAGAAUCUGGCAGAGAGGCUGAGCAAGCUGGUGAUUGAUAAUGAGCUGGAAGACCCGGCUAUCAUGCAGGCUGUGCAAACCCGGCCCCUGGUACAGCAGACAGGUGGCCUCAACUCAAGCAUCUGGGAUGGCUCUUCUGUUCUCAGGCGCAUUACAGGACCCCUUCUCACUCAGGAGGUCCCCUCUGUGUCUGUGCUGGAGUAUGCCUUGCCACAGAGACCUCCACAGGCUCGAGAGGAGGAGCAGGAUGUCUCGGAACGUGCACUACCCAGGCGAUCAUCUUCGCCAGUCAUUGGCAGCCCUCCUGUCAGAGCUGUUCCCAUUGGGACGCCUCCUAAGCAGCCCACCAUGCCCAAUUUUAACCAGCAGAUCCUGUGUCCAAAGCCUGUUCAUAUCAGAGUCCCCAUUCAGCAGCGUUACCCAAGUCCGUUCAGCGAGAGGAUGUCUCCAAACCAACUCUGCAACGUCACGAACUCCUCCCUCCUGGGCCACCCAUUCCCUCCCAGCGUUACUCCUGUUCUCACCCACCUCCAGAGAGCACAGCUGCUAGGAGGAGCACAGGCAGGUAGAAUGUCUCCCAGCCAGUUUGCCCGGAUCUCUGGACUUGUUAGCAACCCUCUUGCAUCCAUGAACCCCAAGCUACUUCAGGGCCGGGUUGGGCAGAUGAUGCCUCCAGGUAGUGGGUUUCGUGCCUUCUUUGGGGCCCCACCUCCACCUGCACCACCAUCACAACACCACUCCCCGUGUCCUGGAGCCCAAUUGCAGAAUUUAAGGCCUCAGCCGCAGAUGUUCAGGCCUGAUACAACCCACCUUCACCCUCAGCACCGGCGACUCUUACACCAGAGGCAGCAGCAGAACAGGAAUCAGCACCGGAAUCUAAAUGGCUCGGCAGGGGACCGAGGGAGCCACCGGAAUAGCCAUCAGGAGCAGAUACGGAAGGACCCGUAUGCUAAUCUCAUGCUGCAACGGGAAAAGGACUGGGUGUCCAAGAUCCAAAUGAUGCAACUACAGAGCACUGAUCCAUACUUGGAUGACUUCUACUAUCAGAACUACUUUCAGAAGCUGGAAAAAUUGUCCGCAGCAGAGGAGAUGCAUGGUGAUGGUCCUAAAAAAGAGCGUACCAAAUUAAUCACUCCACAAGUGGCCAAGUUAGAACAUGCCUACAAGCCAGUGCAGUUUGAAGGUUCCCUGGGGAAGCUCACGGUCUCCAGUGUGAAUAAUCCCCGCAAAAUGAUUGACGCUGUGGUGACGCUACGAGGCGAAGAAGAUGAGACAAAAGAGAAGCAGGUUCGUGAUAAGAGGCGUCAGACUCUCUUUACUAUUGAGAAGACAUACAGCCUCCUCUUGGAUGUGGAGGAUUACGAGAGGCGCUACCUCUUAAGCCUGGAGGGUGAUAGGCUGGCUUUGAUGGAAGAGAGGAAGCAGAAGAUCUGUGACAUGUAUGACAAUCUGAGAGGGAAAAUGCCCAACCAGGAAAGGCUGAGUGAUGACCCUUUUGUGCAGAUCAUGUGUAUUCGGAAAGGAAAGCGUCUUGUUGCCCGGAUCCUCCCCUUCCUGUCCACUGACCAAGCAGCUGACAUACUUAUGGCAACAGCCCGCAAUUUGCCCUUUCUAAUCAAGAAAGAUGCUCAGGACGAGGUACUACCAUGCCUACUGAGGCCCUUCUCUCUCGUUCUUUAUCAUCUUCCACUGGGGACUGUUGCCAGCAUCCUGCAGCAGCUAAUGAACCUACCUCAGAGCGCAACAGUGCCACCAUCUGCCAAUCUGCACCUCACGGCUGUGCUACAGAAUAAGUUUGGCCUCUCCCUGCUGUUUUUGGUCCUGAGCCGUGGGGAGGAAUUGCAGAGUGCAGAUUCUACUUCAGAGCUCACCGAGGACAACCAGUGGACAGAGCUGAUGCUCAUGGCAACCAGAGAGCUUCUCCGAAUCCCUCAGGCAGCCUUGGCCAAACCAGUGUCUACCCCCUCUAAUCUUUUAUCUCUCUUCUCUCGCUAUGUUGAUCGGCAGAAGCUGAAUGUGCUAGAGACAAAGUUACAGUUGAUUCAAGGAAUACGGUAGUGGGCCACAAAGCGUCACUGCUGGUUGCCAUCGUUGCUGACACUACUAAAGUGUUUUGAGUGGGCGAAGAGGAGGCCGUGCCUUCUCGGAAUCUCUUCUUGUGGGACUGUGUCUCUGGUCCAGCAGAGAAGACCGCUCUCUUGCUCUGAGCUUGGCUGGGGCUGUGCUUUCAUUCUGCCCCUCAUUGCCAGUUUGCAGUUCUGCAUGUCCUUGCUGCAUUGAAUCCUCCCUCGGUCCUUUCCCCCAGCAUUUUCAUGACAGCUGCUGUUCCUCCUCCCUGCACUGGCCCUGUUCUCCCCAACACACUACUGACGGACUAGUAGGAAAAGUACUGCCUCCUGUCAACAGGAACACAGGAAAGAAACAAAACGCGAUAGUUAUAAGUUGAGUCCCUCUUUGUGCAAACGGAGAGACCAGAUGCUUCUGUAUUUCCUGUAUGUUAGAUUAUUUUAAAUUAUGGGAAUUCCUUCUGAUUGGCCCACUGAGCUUUUCUCUGCCUUUCCUGCACCAGGCUUUCCAGUGUGGCAGCACCCAUUUCCAAAACUAUCACCUUUCUGAACCUUGUGAUGAAACAUCAUCUUUGCACAUUUGUCUGGUCUUCCCAAGACUCCUUUUCUACCUGAGCUUAUGUCUCAGACCUACACUUUGCUUCAAGCUCCAGCUAGCCAAGGUCCUUGGUAGGCUAACCAGUAAGGUACCAGGUAUUGAUUCCCCUGGAACAGAUUUAAUCUUAAUGAAUCAUUAUCCAUAUACUACUCUGUCCUGCUGUUUUUUGCUCCUUUUUUGGAAUGUGGUGAGGUUUAACUUUUAUUUGCUUUUAAAAAACAAACAAUUUGCACAUGUAGGUAUUCUACAACCAGUAAACUGUUACUGAUUGGCUGCCUCUCCACAGUAUUCUCCUCUCUCCUUUUCCCUUCUCCUGUUCUCUUGAAUCCACAUUUCUAACUUGCUUGUCCUGUUGUCCUACACCUCCUCAUACUUUUCCAAACCCUCUCCUCUACCCUUUCCCCUUUCAAUACUCAUGAUCAAGUGGUCCAUUAUUAUUAUUGUGCUUUUACUUUUGGUUGGUUAUGAUGAAAUUUCUAAAUUUACAUUUUUAUAGGGUAUUGUAAAUA